AUCGGAACAAGGCUCUGAGGCCGCGUGGAGGGCGGAGCGCGCUUCUCCGGAGGUGGAACGCGUAUCCGAGCGCCCGCGCCUUCUGUCUGCACCCCUUCCUUGCCGGCCGGCACUUCGGCUGCACAGUUUUACCCAAGCUUCGAGACUUAGUGAGCAGAAUUUGCCCACUUUUCUGGUAUAACCAAUUCUGAUGGCUGGGAAUAAAGGACGCGGACGUGCAGCUUAUACCUUUAAUAUUGAGGCAGUUGGAUUUGGCAGAGGUGAAAAGUUACCUGAUGUAGUAUUGAAACCCCCUCCACUAUUUCCUGAUACAGAUUAUAAACCAGUGCCACUGAAAGCAGGAGAGGGUGAAGAUUAUAUGCUGGCCUUGAAACAGGAGUUGAGAGAAACUAUGAAAAGAAUGCCUUAUUACAUAGAAACACCUGAAGAAAAACAAGAUAUUGAAAGAUAUAGUAAAAGAUACAUGAAGGUGUACAAAGAGGAGUGGAUACCAGAUUGGAGAAGACUUCCAAGAGAAAUGAUGCCAAGGAAAAAGUGCAAAAAAGCAGGCCCCAAAUCCGAAAAGGUGAAAGAUACGGGCAAAGGUGCUUCACUCACUAAUACUGCAGAUGUGUUGAAAAAAAUCGAGGAAUUGGAAAAGAGAGAUGAUGGUGAAAAAUCAGAUGAGGAAAAUGAAGAGAAAGGAGGAGGCAAGGAGAAAAGUCAAGAAGGCGACGAGGAGGACGACGACGCCGCAGAACAAGAGGAAUAUGAUGAAGAAGAGCAAGAAGAGGAAAAUGACUACAUUAAUUCAUACUUUGAAGAUGGAGAUGAUUUUGGUGCAGACAGUGACGACAACAUGGAUGAAGCAACCUAUUAGCUAUGAAAUUUCUCCCAAAAUAUCUUUAUGAUACCACUUCUGAACAUUUGGACAGACUUUCUAUUUCUGAUAAGGAAUAUUAUAUUUUUGUUCCUGUUUUGUUGGACAAAUACUUGCUGUCAAAAUAUUCAGAACCACUUUGAGUUUACAUACUAGUUACCUUACCAGUCUCUGAUACUCUGACAUUCCUUUUCAACACCCCUGUCAUCUGUCUUCUGUAUUCAAGUGGAUUUUUCUUGUAUCAUUUGGAUUUCAAUGUGCCUAGAGUUUUUGCAUUUUUUAAUCUAUGUAUUCAUACUUGAACAAAUUACUCUUGUUGAACUCGAUCUGUUGUAAAACUAUUACUAGUCAUUAUAGUGGAUUUCUGUAAUCUGAAAGUUGAUAUAAUAAUACUGCACAAAGAGCACUUUAGAAACAAACUUGAAAAUAAUUUUAUCUUUUACUUUCGCAUGGUAUGUUCUGUGCUGCAUUA